AUGGGCCUGCAUUCAAAUACCACUGAAAAUGAUACUAGCCCAUCUCCGGAUGUAAGCAUGCUAUCGACGAUUGUUGAGGAAAAAUUGGAUGUCAAUAGCUGCCCAUCAAGCAUGACGUGCUCUGUCUCCCCAAAUCAAGCUUCAAAUGGAGUUAUGGAUGUCAGCUACGAUGUCGAAUCGAGUGAAAAUAUGAAAAAUGGAAACUGUGCAGUUGCCAUAGUGGAAGCGGAUAGUAAUACUGGUCAUUUAAAGGAGAUUACCAAAGGAAACGACGAUUCAAAAGAAGAGACUGAAUUUCCACAUGAACCCGGAAUCGUAAUAUUAAUUUCACCACUUUUGCGAGCAUUAACUACUUACCCUAUGUAA